AUGGUUGGGUUCGGCAUCAUCUUCGGCGGCUGGAAUGCCGUCUACUGGUCGUCGCUGGCUCGCGUGGUGUCGUCGUGGGUCGUCUCGCCUGUUCUCGGUGCUAGCAUCGCCUUCAUCGUUUACAAGUGUAUCCGAAAGUUCGUCUACAGCUCGUCCAAUCCGGGGCAGGCAGCGUCGACAGCGGCGCCGAUCCUCGUCUUCGCGGGUGUCUCCGCCUUCUCCUUCUUCUCGCUCUUCACCUCCCCGGGGGUCCUCCUCCGCGCCUGCGCGCUCUCCCUGGCCGCGGGCGCUGCUUCCGCGGUGGCCAUGUCCGCCGUGGUGAAGCGGCAGAUGGGCGAGCUGCUGGGGGAGUUCUGUGAGAUCCCCAAGCAGUUGGAGGAGCCGAAGCCGGAGAAGGGCCGCGGACCCAUGGGCACGCAGCUGCGCAUUGUUUAUGGCGUGUUUGGUUACCUGCAGGUGCUCUCUGCAUGCUUCAUGUCAUUUGCUCACGGUGCAAACGAUGUGGCCAACGCCAUUGGCCCCAUCUCAGCUGCUCUAGCCAUCCUCGCCUCCUCCUCCGCAUCCAUCCCCUCCUCAUCCCUCGCUGCCGCUCCAGUGUCUGCCGGCGUUGCCACUCAGGUUCUUAUUUGGGGCGGUUUUGGCAUUGUGGCUGGUCUUAUCAUCUGGGGUUACCGUGUCAUUGCAACAAUUGGGAACAGGAUCACAGAGCUCACUCCCACCAGAGGAUUCGCAGCAGAGUUCUCAGCGGCUACAGUGGUGGUGGUUGCAUCUAGACUGGGUCUCCCAAUCUCUGCCACGCACACACUUGUUGGAGCAGUGAUGGGAGUGGGCCUUGCCCGCGGUAUUGGGAGUGUACGGGCCGAUGUGGUGAAGGAGAUUGUGGCAUCGUGGCUUGUCACCAUUCCUAUCGGAGCAGCGCUGUCUGUGAU